AUGUUGCUUAACUCAAGUUUUAUAGUCUCACAAUUCUCCUUUUUUCUGUCCCCACUCUGUCGUUUUUGUUCUUCCUGUCUCUAUUUUCAGCUUUCCUUAUUUCCUCCGCCUUUGCAGUCCCUUCUCACAGGCCAUUUCUUCUUGCAUUCAUUCAUUACUGUUCUUCCUUUUAGAUUCUUCGUUUCUUUUUUAAUGUUUCUUCUCUUCCCACCUUCUUUCUUUCUACUGGCCCUUUUUUCCUCGCCUUUUUUUUCCGCUUGCUUAUCUUUUCUCGUUUCGACUUUCCUUUUCCUUCUCUUCCAUAUUUCUUUUCUUUGUUUUAUUUCCUUCAUCCAUGAUAUCCUCACAUGUGUUGCCUUAUUUUACGUGAUUCCUUUCCGCUUCUUUAUAUAUUUCCUCUUCUUUAUUGUUUUUCACUUUUCGCCCUUCUCUCUUUGCAGUGUAUUCCUUUUCCUCACUUUUCGCUUUCUCUUUUUUUUCUCUUCUUCGUUGUUAUAUAUUCGCUUUUUUCCAGUUUCUUUUCUUUCUUUCUUUUUCAUCUCGCUAUGCUAUCUUUUUCUUCUUGAAUCUGUUCGCUUCUCGCUUGAUUCCUUGAUUCUUUCGUCCCUAUCGUUUUUAUCUUUCUUAUUUCUUCUUAUCUCCCUUUCCACCUUUUCUUCGUUGAAUAUUCAUCGCACUCUUUCUUUCUUUCUUUUUUCUUUCUUUCUUUCUUUCUUUCUUUCUUUCUUUCUUUCUUUAUUUCUUUCUUUCUUCUUUCUUUCUUUCUUUCUUUCUUUCUUGACUUUUUAUCUCCAUUGGCUCGGUCACUUUUUGAGGUAUUCUCUUCCUCUUUCUUUUCGUCGUCUAGGGGAUCGGCUGAUGAUGAAGCAGAAAAUACGUUCUCUCUCUCUUUUGUCUUGGUAUGACAGCACACUCGCUCGAGAUGGUCUGUUCUUUCUUUCUUUCUUUCUCUUCCCUCUCUCUUUGUUUAAGGGCUUGGUGACAGUUGAAACUGCUGUCUUUCUCUUCGAUAUAGCGGCGUUUCGCCUACGUAGUCGAAACGGGUCCAUCCAUUCGACUGGGUCACCAAUUCUCCUCACAAUUUUGCAAACACAUCUUUUCAGUCCGUAUACUAAGACAUUUGCCAAACGUCCGGCCAGCCCGCAGGCUCGGUCGAAGACGAACUUUUCCGUUUCACUAUAUUUCCGUUUUCUUCUUAUCACGUGGUCAAUUUUCAAAAUACUAACUUUUUCUCAUUAUGGGUGGAAUGGGGUCAUCGACUCCCUCUCUCAUCUUCAGGGUCAGAGAAAGUUUAGUUUAAAAUGUUUCAACCUAUCCCAACCUAUCCGCGUAACACCUUGA